AGGCUCCGAAACUGACCACCUCAAGUACCAACUGGGACGCAUGCUACAACCAACGCCGUCAUCCUCCGCGCUGAGACGGGAUGCCGUUAACGUGGUUUAUUUAAGUCGCGGGAUCGAGCGCUGCACAAUGCACCGGCUCCGCAAGCUCUUCGAUUGCCUAUUCUUACCGUACUCGCCAGGCCUUGCCCGCUGACCGGAGACGUCAUCCACCAUCGCUUGAUGCUCCCCAUAUCGUCAACCGCGCAGGCGUCUCUGUACCACCUUCAACCGUAGCGGGCAUUACGGGCCGCUAUGAUGGCGGCUGCGGGCCCACCAUCCUCAAGCUCCCAUUCUGAGCCCGGCACAUCCAUCGCGUCCCAGAGCAGCGCAGGGGGUUCCAACUCGUCGCGGAACCACCCUCCGCGCUCCUUACCGCCAUGGAUCGAUUCCUACGAGGUUCGAUAUGGCAGGCCCGCUGACGAGCAGCUCCGCGCCCUCAACUCGCCGCCUCCGCGCACACUGCCCCCACAGCAUAAUCAUUCUCCCAGUGAGGCGAAUAGGAGGGUUUCAAAAGACGGGUUUGUCUACGACGAUCAGGCCGUACUGGGACUCGACGCGAACAGAAAAUCAAGGGCAAGGCUACGCAAAUUUCUAAUCCGCAAGGACGCUGCCGAGAAGGGAAGGAAAUGGGACCACUUGCGCUCAGCCGAACCUGUCAUCGUUCCUCGCUAUAGCCGGGCUACCACAGAUUCUCCGUGGCGGAGCUACUUGCAAUCCUCGCGGUAUGGCCGCCUGCCGAACGAGGAGGCCGAAAUAUUCGACCCCGAGGUGCUCGAAAAGCUGCAGCCGGGCUUCAAUAAUGCCGCCGAGACACCCCGACUGCUGGAGGGCACCGGGAAGAAACCGACACGGACAAGAAGACUCUACAAGAGAAUAUGGCGCCUCAUUCUGCGACACCCGCUGGUCCCACUAGCUUUUCGUCUCACUGUCCUCCUUACCUCAAUUGUGGCUCUUGCUCUGUCUGCGCGCAUCUUUGAAAUAGAAGAACAUGGCGGACUCAGCAGACAGUCGGCGGAGCGGACACAGUCGCUGGUGGCUAUCGUUGUAGACACAAUCGCUGUGCCAUACAUCGGCUACAUGACAUGGGACGAAUACACCGGAAAGCCGCUUGGAUUGCGGCAGGCGACGGCAAAGAUUUCCCUUGUUCUUAUGGACCUCUUUUUCAUCAUUUUCAAAUCCGCAAGCACAACACUCGCCUUUGAGACUCUGGUCAACCACAACAGUUUUGAUUCGCAAACCAAUCAGUACAGUCGAGCCCUUGCCGCUUUCCAGACUGUCAGCCUUAUAUCCUGGAGCUUCACAUUUACAGUGAAUGUCUUCCGCUUGGUGCAGAAACUCGGUGGUGGGGAUGACGGUGGAUGAUAACAUGACGAAGAUAUACCUAUGUACGGUGUAGGAGGAUUUGGGAUUACAGGCAGCGGAUGUCCUAUGCUGCUCGACCCGGA